AUGCACCAAAUCAUUCUAUACAUGGGCCACGCCACCGCGUACCUCCUCCUGUACGUCGACGACAUCAUCCUGACUGCGUCCUCGCCAACGCUUCUUCAGCAGAUCACAGCUCGCCUCGGCACCGAGUUCGCCCUCAAGGACUUGGGGGCUCUUCACUACUUCCUCGGCAUCGAGGUAGUGCGCCGGGCUACUGGAUUCUUUCUGCACCAGCAGAAGUACGCCUAUGAGCUUCUGGAGCGCGCGGGCAUGCUUAAUUGCAAGCCUGCUUCCACGCCUGUCGAUACGAAGGCUAAGGUGUCCGCCGUCGAGGGCUCUCCGGCGUCCGACGCUCCCUUCUACCGCUCCAUCGUCGGUGCGCUUCAGUACCUCACACUGACGCGUCCGGACAUUCAGUAUGCUGGCCAGCAGGUGUGCCUUCACAUGCAUGCUCCUCGUGACACCCAUUGGGCUCUCGUGAAACGUAUACUUCGGUACAUACGUGGCACCACAGCCAUGGGUCUCACCCUGACGGCCUCGCCCGACACCAGCCUUGUCGCCUACUCCGACGCCGACUGGGCUGGGUGUCCUGACACUCGACGCUCCACUUCCGGCUACUGCGUCUACCUCGGGCCCUCUCUGAUUUCGUGGUCAUCUAAACGACAACCCACGGUCUCACGAUCGAGCGCCGAGGCCGAGUAUCGGGCCGUGGCCAACGCCGUCGUGGAGUGUUCCUGGCUACAACAGCUCCUCCAGGAGUUGCUAUGUGAGGUCACCAAGGCGACGUUCGUCUACUGUGAUAACGUCUCCGUGGUGUACCUUGCUGCCAACCCUGUCCAUCACCGACGGACGAAGCACAUCGAGCUCGACAUCCACUUCGUCCGGGAGCACGUCGCACUUGGUCGUGUUCGUGUUCUACAUGUGCCCACCGAUCAGCAGUUCGCCGAUGUGAUGACGAAGGGACUACCCACCUUGACUUUCGAGGGUUUUCGGUCCAGUCUUUGCGUCACCGGCGACGCUUCGACUGCGGGGGGUGUUGAACAUGUGUACAUCCUAUUCUUUAAUCUGUUCAAUUACAGAGUUUAUGAUUAUGUAAAUGGAGUAUGGGAUCUGAGAAGAAAAAAAAGGCGUGUGCCGGCAUCAACUGAAGCCAAUGCCGAGCUGGUUGAUAACCCAGCCCAUGGCGUCUGGGCUGCACAGGAGGCGCUCGUCCUCUCGGGCCUCCUGUCGAUGCUCGCUCCUGAAGUGCUAGCGAGGGUGGCGCUCCACACCUCACCGGCCACCGUCUAG